AGGCGCCGUUUGGGCCAAAAUUAAACUUUCCGCCUGAUAUAUAAUAUUCCGUACUAUAUAUAAAAUGUUGCAUGUGAUAUAAAAAAAUUGGACUUUAGGGAAAUGACGCAUUAUAAUGAGGGCGCUGGUGCACAUAGGGACUUUUAUAUUCAAACAAUCGUAUGGUGGUAACCAUUUUGCGCUUCACUAAACAAUACAACGCGCACUUCAACGAUCAGCUGUUUCGUAAUUUCGUUAGUUCGCGCCAUUCGUGUAUUGUAUUGUUCAAAUUUCUGUUUGCAAUACACUGCGUUAAUAGUUCCGUUUCAAAAGAUUUUGUAUGUGUCAAAUGUCGUAUAACUCGUAGGUACAUAAAAGUAAUUUGAGAACACCGCGUACCGCGCUCGGUUUCAAAAGAUUUGAAAUGUGGCCAGUGUGAUUACAAAACUAACAACAAAUACAAUUUUGCAAGAUAUUUAAAUGAUAGUUUGAAAAGAUUUUAACUCUGAAAGACUAAUUUUGAACUUCAUUACUCGUUUUUGUGCCACGUACAUUAAAGAUGAAUAGCUCAGGACAGAGCACUGAAUUCCGUGACCAGUUACGCUCCUCGAUUGAAAGCGCCUCUUCCAGUAGGGUUAAUAAUGCAACAGCGAGUGCAACAAGCUUACAAACAUCCACAAGAAUACCUGUCUCUUCACCUGCGGAGGAGCUACGGAGAUUAUUUCCAUCUAUAAGGGGCUCUGAUAGGGAAGUACCUAGCAGAAACCUUUCAAAUGCUGUACAGCCAGCUAAUAGGACACAAAAAAAGAAAAAAACCUAAACACAAUUCAACGGUAUUAUCAGAUUUUAAACGGGAUGUUAUACUUCUUACCAAACCAGAAUGCACGAGAACAUUAACAGGAUUGAAAAAAGGUUGGGCUUAUGCAAAUGGUUAUGGUGUAACAGCUGCAACAUUUCAGAAAAUAUGGACAGAACAAGAGAUUAUGCAUUAUAUUUCAACUUUGUUUGCAGAGAAAUUACAUGGUUGUGAUGUAAAGUUCGAAAUUUUAAUACCAUUCGGUGGAACAUUAGUGAAACCAAAUUUGGCGCAAGGAACAGUUUUAGAUGGUGCUGUUAUGUGCCAUUUAUUUGCACAAAAAACUGUUUAUGUUAGAUGUUUAUCGUCAAUUGAUGAUGAUCAUACUAGAGAUAAUGAAAUCAAUGAGAGAAGUGAUAGGGUGCAACUGUUUGUCAGUGAGAACCAUCAUUCUCUCGAAGAUGAUAUUAUUUUUUGUGAUGACACUGGGGUAGACACACAGUUUUAUCAGAGUUUUUGUGAUGAUACUGAAGGGGGCCCACAAACAAGCCCUAAGCAAACUGCUGAUUCUCCUGAUAACUUCACCAGUAUUGUAGAACAGUCCUUUGAUGAAAUAUUCGAGCAUGACACUACACUGGCCAUAGCAAGGAGUGUGGCAGAAAAAACCAUUGAAGAGACUGCGGAAGAAACGUUGCUGAGCACAUUAAAGCAGUUCCAUAACAAAAUUGAUCAGGACACAACAUUUCAAUUUAACGUCUUUAGAGAAGACAUAUUCAAUUGCUUUAUUCGUGGUGUGAGAAGAAAGCAAUUUUCUCCUUGCAAGAGAAUAUCAGUCUUAUUUACGGACAUUGACAAUGUGUCAGAAGGGGCCGUGGACAUGGGAGGACCAACUAGAGAAAUGUUCCGGUUACUCUUAAAACAUCUAAAAAAUAGCACAUUGUUUGAAGGCUCGGAACAUUCUAAAAAUAUUUCACUUUGCAGUGAACAUAUAGAUAAUCGACACUACUAUGAAGCUGGUAGAAUGAUAGUGCUAUCGUUAAUGCAUGGUGGACCUGGUCCCCAAUUUUUAUCAGAAACUUUGUUUAAUUAUAUUAGUAACGGCAUCGAAGCUACUAAACCGAGUGUUGAUGAAAUAAUGAACCCAGAAAUAAAAGAAGAAUUAGAAAAUAUUAAAAAUGCACCGAAUCUAAUAGAACUAAAACGAGCAGUAUGGAGCAGUACUUUUCUUAGCAUUGCUGGAUUUGCUAAUAUUAGCAAUUUUACUAAAAAAGAGAACAUUUUGGAAUGUGCACCAAAGCAUUACUUGAUAUACCGUACCAUGCCUGCCCUGGAACAAUUUAAGGAAGGCUUAAACAUAUUAGGAUUUUUAGAAAAAUUGAAAGUUUUUAAAGAAUUUAAAGAGUUAAUGUGCUACACCGACUCUAAACUCACUGCUAAUAAAGUUUCUUCUAUUUUCACUACAAAAUUAAGCGAAAGUGGAAGCAAUAACCGAAAUAUUGAGUGUAAAAUACUGACUUUCUGGAAUGACUAUUUAUGCGAUAGUGAAGAAAAUGAAACCCAAGCAACUCUAGAAGACGUACUAUGUUUUGCAACGGCUUCUGAAAAGGUUCCACCACUCGGUUAUGACGGACAACCCAAAUUAGAAUUUUUGCACAACGAAGACUUCCUCUGGCCAAAAGCAAAUACAUGCGUCCCAAUUUUAUAUUUGCCAGUUUCCUAUAAAAGCAAUGAAUAUGAAAAAUUUAAGAGUAAUAUGGAUUAUGCAAUAUUAAAUGGCAUGCAAUUUGGAUUUGCAUAAAAUGUUUUGUAAUAUUACCUAGUUUUCUAAGUUUCUUAUGGCCGUUUGCACUGACAAAUUUAAGUCAAGCCUACCCUAAGCGUAGCUUAAGAUCCAUGACAACAUUGUUUCAAUAACCGUUGUCAUGGAUUUUAAGCUACGCCUAAGCUAAGGCCAGCUUAAAUUUGUUGGUGCAAACGGCCAUUACUUUUAUUAAGAAUUCAAUUGUGCAAUUAUUAUUUUUAGAAUAGUAUCUAUAAUCAAUAAAUUAAGUUUACGAAAAGUAAUCCUAGUGCCUCUUAAAAAUUAAUAAAAAUUUCUCCAUAAAUUUG